GUUGGGUUGUAUAUAUGGAUUUUGGUUAAUUCUUCAGCUUCUAGACGAUAAAGUGAAAAAUUUUUUAGACUGUUUAUGUUAAUUUUUUCUUGUUUUACUUGUUAGUUGUGUUUGUGUAGGUACAUGACAAAACAUGUCUUUCGACUAUGAUGGCGUGAGGAGGUAUUGUCAAGAUAAGGCUAGCAUCCCAUUGGAUUUUUUCGGUCCCUUAAGGCACAAAUAGGUUGUCGAUGGUCCUAUAACCUUUUUCUCCCAUUGAGUUUAUAUUGCUUGAGAGAUCCUUUUUUCCUUGGCCUAAGAUACUACUUAACUCCUAGAUCCUUAAUGAGCUGAGUGAAGUCAAAUGGUUAAGGCUCUCCUUAAUUUUUAGUUGGGUGUGUAAGUCAUGAAUGAUGACAAAAGUGGAGAUAUUUGCUAUUCCUUCAUCAAUAUGGGGUUUAUUCUUGUUGAUGGCUAACCUUUGUUAAGAAUUCUACUCAUGUAUUGGACCUCAAGCCUUUUUUAAGCAAUGAAAAUCCUAUCUUAAAAAAUAAAAAAACUCAUUUUCUUAAUUUAGCCUAAAAUAGUUAAAAAUGUAUCUACUCAUAUUAAAGUUGAGUUUUACAAGAGCAAGGUACAAAUUUCACUGCAAGUUCAGUUACAGAAAAAUUAUUAUUAUUUUUUUAGAAAAGGGAAAGCCUCGAUGAAUAAAGGAAGGGAAGCAAUACGGACGUGCCGAGCUGUGUCGAACGACGUCGUAGUACGGUUAGGACAAGAUUGAAGUAAAUUACUGCCUUCAGCCCUUUUGGGCAGUUUUGGUAGAGGCUCCACCUCUCCGAUGCAUCAAAAUUCUUAAAUUUUUCGUCGACAAGAACAACUUGCAAAUAUAACGCCAACCUCAGAAUUGGUGUCUCCAAUCCAUUCUUCGAAGGUCUUACUUGGGAUCAGAACAAGAUAAUGAUUAUGUCAUAUCCACUGAAGGUGUUUCGUUUUUAUUUUUUUACAAAUUUUAAACUGAUAUGACCUUAGAAAUGAUUUUUGUUUUUUUAAAUAUGUUUUCCCAUUUCCCUGGAAGCCAUAGGACGCAUAUUGGAUUCCGUUCGUCAUGUUUCUUCGGCGAGCUGCAGCAGCAUUGCCUCACUCAAGAAGGUUUCUUGCUGCUAAAAAUACUCACGAUCUUGCAAGUGCCGUCCUGGAGCUGAAUAAGGAAAUGGAAUCUGUCUUUGGUGAACUUCCUUCUGAUGGACUUGAUGGUUCUAUCAAUAAUGAUUUUAUGCCACGAGAACCACAGUUCACUCCUCAUGGACUUGCUAGUUCUACAAGUAAUGACUAUUUGGCGCAGGAUCUAGAAUCCCAAUCUGUAUCUCAGAACAUGAAUCAAAAUGCACCUAGGUUGACUCAUGUUGGUAGUACAGGAGAAGCACAAAUGGUGGAUGUGUCUCCCAAAGAAGCUAGUAAGAGAACCGCCAUUGCUAGUUGCAAGGUAAUUCUGGGCAAGAAAGUGUUUGAUAUGGUUUUAGCCAACCAAAUGUCAAAAGGAGAUGUUCUUACUGUUGCCAAAAUAGCUGGCAUAAAUGGAGCAAAGCACACAAGCAGCCUCAUCCCACUUUGUCACAAUAUCACCCUAUCUCAUGUUCGUGUAGAUCUAAUAUUGAAUCCAGACGAUUACAGUGUUGAGAUUGAAGGAGAAGCUGCAUCUACUGGGACAACAGGUGUUGAAAUGGAGGCACUGACAGCUGUAACCACAGCUGGCCUGACAGUGUAUGAUAUGUGCAAGGCUGCUUCCAAAAGAAUCCAGAUAACAAAAGUACAGCUUGAGUCUAAAACUGGUGGGAAGAGUGGGGACUGGAAUCGAAACACGACCAUACCAAUGUAUAUGUCAAUGAAAAAUGAGAAAAUGCGAAAAAAGAACAUAAACCUACGGAGGUUUAUCCUCUUAACUCUAAGACAUGUUGAGAGACUGAAUUUACCUGAAGGUAUGGUAAUAGAGAGAGUAGCAUCGUGCUUUAAUUGUCGAUCAAUUGUUGUUGGUACUGAGAGACAAGCAGAAGGUGAACUCUGCUUUCAUGUAGGGAUUUCAACAACGGAUGCCAUGGCGCAUACUGCAAAAGAAAUACUUAAAUCUAAAUUUAUGGAAUUUGAGGAAUCUCAGUUUUUUCUCAAGUUUCAUAAGGGAUGGGCAAAGGUUUGCGAAAGUAUAACAGAGCAAGACAAACGUCCAAGUGUUUGGGGGCAGUAUACCUUGGAAGAAAUAUUGGAGCUAGGUCGAGCUAGUAGGACUCAUACGAGGAUCCAGAUAGUCAAGAGCAGCAGUUGUUGAAGCAGCAUAUGUGGAACGUGUGUGAUCGAGUGAUACAGGAAGGACUGAAGCAGCAAUGAAAUAAUGAUAUAUUGAGAGAAGAAUAUAAUACAAUUGUUGCCGAAUUAUAUGAGAUAAGUGCAUUAUAUCUGCAUCAAAGACUGCAAGUACUGUAUUUAUCUUUUGUCAUGAUGUUUAAUGGUUGAAUGAAGUCUUUAUCAUUAAAAUUACUGCAAGCUUUCAUAGCAAAUUUUAAAAUUUACAGUUUUUUGCA